AUGUCGACGAUUACGGAAGCCUCUAGAGCUAAAAGUGGAAUAUCCUCUCGUAAUAUUGACUGUGUUGGUUUUGCCAAUUUCCCUAACCAGUUGCUUAGAAGAUGCGUAAAGGAUGGAUUUGAGUUCACAAUGAUGUCUGGUUUGGGUAAAUCAACUUUUUUGAAUACACUUUUCAUGGCUGAACUUCACGAUCUGAAGAACGACAAAUCUUUAGAGAUCAAAUCAACAGUGAGUAUUGAGAGCAAAACUUUUAGACUUUCCGAGAAUGAUGUUCGAUUGAAGAUUACUGUUGUGGACACGCCUGGAUUUGGAGACUUUGUCGACAAUUCUAAAUGCCUCAAGCAAUUAGAUAUAGCUUUUAUGAAAGCUCUUCAAGAUCGUGUUAACAUAAUUCCAGUUAUUGCCAAAGCAGAUACACUUACUCCUACUGAACUUGGACGUUUUAAACAACAUGUAUUCCUAUACAAAUUUUUUAAACGUUUUUAUUUUUUGAAGAUAAUGGAAGACAUGAAUAAGAACAAUAUUUCACUUUACAAGUUACCAGAUUUUGAUUGUGAACAACAGCAAUCGAUUGUUAAUGGUUGUAGUGUUUUACCAACAAAUGGUAAAUCUCAAUCACAUCAAAAUACUACCAAACCUGAGUCAUCUAAACGAUUUCCAUUUGCAAUUGUCGGAUCUACACACGUCAAAGAAGUCUUGGUUGGUGGUGAACAUCGAGCUACUAAACAAAGGGUUCGAGUUCGUGAAUACCCUUGGGGUAUAGUAGAAGUGGACAAUUUGGGACAUAAUGACUUUGUUGCUCUUCGUGAUAUGAUUAUUCGAAAUAAUUUGAUUGAUCUUAUCGAGGUAACUAAAUGUGUACAUUAUGAGAAUUAUCGAAUGCGUAAUUUACCUCAAAGCAGUUUUGACGACGAUCCUUUCACACAAUUGGAGCGAACCAUUGCAAAACGUGCCGAAAUGGAAGACAUGCGCCAGAAGAGAGAUGCUCAGUUUAGUAAAACUGUUGCUGUUCGAGAGCAAAGGCAGAUGGAGAGGACUUUAUCUAUUGACAAGGAGGAAAAGGAAAAUCAGAAAGUAUUAGAGGAAAAGAGGGAACUUUUUGAUAGAAUUAGACUUGAAUUAAAGGAUAAAACUUCUCCCAAAAAUAUUGCUUCAAAUUUAUUGUCGGCUUUAUAUACUUUUAGAAAUAAAGGCAAAUAA